CGCGAACGACUCGAAAACUACCAAUUACCCAUACCAACCCUGACUUCACAUUCAAGAUGGCGGACGGAAUCGACCGAAAUGCAGACGAAAAGAUCGAGUUCUCCACCUCCAAGGAGGUCACGGUCGCGCCGACCUUCGAGGCCAUGCACCUGAAGGAGAACUUGCUACGCGGUAUCUACGCCUACGGAUACGAGUCGCCUUCAGCUGUGCAGUCGCGCGCUAUCGUCCAGAUCUGCAAGGGUCGCGACACCAUCGCUCAGGCGCAGUCCGGAACAGGAAAGACUGCGACUUUCUCCAUCUCCAUCCUCCAGGUCAUCGACACGGCUGUGCGCGAGACACAGGCACUCGUACUGUCACCUACUCGGGAACUUGCGACCCAGAUCCAGCAGGUUAUCAUGGGUCUCGGCGAUUACAUGAAUGUGCAAUGCCAUCCUUGCGUCGGAGGAACAAACGUCGGCGAAGAUAUCCGCAAGCUCGACUACGGCCAGCACGUUGUCUCUGGAACUCCAGGACGCGUAGCUGAUAUGAUUCGCCGCCGCAACCUCCGCACACGCAACAUCAAGAUGCUCGUUCUCGAUGAAGCCGACGAGCUCCUCAACCGAGGUUUCCGCGAGCAAAUCUACGAUGUCUACCGCUACCUUCCACCUGCGACCCAAGUCGUUGUCGUUUCAGCCACCCUCCCAUACGAUGUACUCGAGAUGACGACUAAAUUCAUGACGGACCCCGUGCGCAUUUUGGUUAAGCGCGACGAAUUGACGCUAGAGGGCCUCAAGCAAUACUUCAUCGCUAUCGAGAAGGAAGAGUGGAAAUUCGACACCCUGUGCGAUCUCUACGACACACUCACCAUCACACAAGCAGUCAUCUUCUGCAACACGCGCCGCAAGGUUGACUGGCUGACGGACAAGAUGCGCGAUGCCAACUUCACUGUAUCCUCCAUGCACGGAGAGAUGCCCCAGAAGGAGCGAGACAGCAUUAUGGCCGACUUCCGUCAGGCAAACUCUCGCGUGCUCAUCUCGACCGAUGUGUGGGCGCGUGGUAUUGACGUGCAACAAGUGUCGCUAGUCAUCAACUACGAUCUACCAUCGAACCGUGAGAACUAUAUCCACAGGAUUGGUCGAAGCGGACGAUUCGGACGCAAGGGUGUGGCUAUCAACUUCGUCACUCAAGAUGACGUUCGCAUCCUCCGUGACAUUGAGUUGUACUACUCUACCCAGAUCGACGAGAUGCCCAUGAACGUUGCGGACCUCCUCGCGUAGAAUUUCGAGCGAAAUGUAGACGCACUGCAUGCGAUCGAGCACAGGGCACAGCAGAUAUUCACGCUCACCGUACCAAAGUCACAGAGACUCUCACUCAAGGGACACGACCCGCUUCGGCGGCGAAUUGGAAGUGGAGGAAGGGGCUCUUUAGCCGAACAGUAAGCCUACCUCUGUCGCGAGGCUUCUGUUGCCCUGGCUAACUCUGCGACUCUGACCAGAACGAAAUUGUAAUCAAUACCCAUAACGUACUCACCAUUUAUGAGACCGAUGGCCAGCCGAUGAGUUUUGGGGGCGGUAUCAUCUCGAUAUUGGAGCUGUUCCGACUAUCGCUUUCGUGACAUAAUGAUUCGCAGUUUGCGAUAGAUUCCUGACAUACAGUCCCGA